AUGCUUUGUCAAACACGUUUGUGAGUUAUCGAGAUGCAGUUUCAAGUACUGAUUAUGUUCGACUUGUAACGAAUUUCCUGGUGUCCAUUCUUCGUAGUUGUUUACUGGGUGACCGCCAUGGAAGCGCAGUGACUUUGCCUUACUAUGCUGGCAGGUUGCUGAAAUGGAUGAUUCGACCAGUCGUGGCAAAACAGCAAGGUCAAGUCCGGAGCUCGAUUUGUACGGUGACUUAGUGAACGGCGGCACAGUCAAUCAAGAUCCAGAAGCAUUAAGUCGUCAACUAGAAGAACAGAAGGCCAGAUAUGCAGACCUCGAUGUCAAGUACCGAGAGUGCUCUGAGGACAGUGUACGCUAUCAGACUACCGCCGCUGAGCUGACGAAGCGCAACAGUGCUCUUCAGAUGAACAUCUCGUGCCUAUACAAGACGGCCAAGUUGGAAAUCGACCGAAAGGACCGCGAGAUCCUGUCCCUCCGAGCCAGAUUGGAAGCGCUCAGCAAGGUCGCCUCCGACCUCAAGGCCAGCAAUGAUGCGGCAGGCCUACACAUGCAGCAGCUAGAGGCGCAGGUCACCAGCCUGCGAUCUAUGCCGCAGCUCAACGAACCCGACGUCCAGCCGGCAACACCAGCGUACGACAUGGCCGUGGACUCGAGCGACGACCGACCCAUCACUCCGGCGCGGCAUGAAAUGACCCCAGAGAACUACCGACAUCGUGCCAUGACGGAAUCCAGCGACUGGUCAUCAUGUUCAUCACCAAAAGGUGUUCCAGAUGCCUUACCCUUCGCCAGCAAAAUUCAAAGUGAAUAACAUCCAUGUGUUGCAAGCAUCUACAGGAAAAGAAGAGAUCAGCAACUGGUCUGUGCGGGCAUAUAAUCAAUGUUGAAUCAUCUUCUCAACCAUUCUGCUUGGCUCUGCUUGCCGAAUCUGCUUUUGCAACGGUAGACGACGGGGUGUUAUUGUGCAACGGUAAAUUACAGGACGUUAUUGUGCAAACGUUUACCGUGUGUGCACGCUUGGAGAGCAGGGUGUCUGACGCACCGGGCUGUCAUCAUCACUCUGGCCGGUGUUGAACAGCAGUGGCAGUAGACCAGGGAAUAGCUAGCAAUGUCAGGGCGGCUCUUUAAGCCAAGGGCGGCUCCUCAUGGCUGACUGAUCACCCCUCAACUAGCUGCUUUCUGCCAGCAGCUGUGCGUCGACUGCGUAGUGUAACAGUGUGUAACGGUGGUGGUACGUGAAUGCAUCUCUGCUGAUUUCACGGGAUCUUAUCAGCACUCUAUGGGAUGAGAGCAAAAUUGCCACCUUGGUUGACCCUGUGUCAUCAGGUCCCUGUCAAACUGAAGCCGACCACCAGCCUUGACAAAGAAAGAGAGGAUUUGUUCUCUUAGUCGGGCAAGUGUCUUCGCUGAUAAGCAUAUGUAUCACUGCUGCUGCGACCAACGAUACGUAAGCGCUCUGGUGUAUGCGUGUGUGUGUGUGUGUGUGUGUGCGCGCGCGUGCGUGCAUGUGUCCGUACGCAUGUGCCCCACCAAGCAGUCCCACUGGCUUGUCUGUCAUUGCAGGUGGAGGUGAGCUCCUUGUUCUCCAGGAGCUUCUGGAGUGUUCCCUGGAGAUACCUCUGUCUUGUUAGGAUGUAGUGUGCUAAUGAUAUGCUGGUGCUCUAAUGCACAUGGGAGGUUUUUUUCUCUCCCUGAUCUUGAUAUCCUUAUUGGUUGUCAGUUAUUCUCACUCUCAGGUUAUCUGCUGGCAGAUUGAUUGCCUGACAUAUUCUUUUUCGUUGUUCUCUUAUGUUUUACUCUCCGCUGUGAGCUGACAGAAGAAGUGUGCACUAAGCACUCAGAAGCCAACAUGUACUUUGAA